AUGGCUGAUUCCAAAGAGGACCGUUUUCAGUCCUGCCCCUGGAAUGGCGAUGCUUCCUCAUGGCCGGACUAUGUUCGGCGGGUCCGCUUGCUGUUCGAAAAGACAAGGCGUCGAAAUCGCCACCGCCUGGCACCUGAGCUGGUGAGCCAGCUGUCAGGGCGUGCGUGGGUGGUGACCCAGGAGGUCGACCACAGAGCCCUGGUGAGAAGGGAUGGAGUCAUAUACCUCCUUCGAUUCUUGAGGGAACGGUUGGGCAGGACAGCCAUUCCAGACGUGGGCCUGAGGCUAGAGGAUCUGAUGAUCCGCCUUCGGCGACAGCCCGGCACCUCGAUUGCCUCGUGGGCAACUCAGGUGCGGCAAGUUUAUCGCAAGGUCCAGAUUGCCCUCUUUCGUGCGAGAAAGGCAGCUGAAAGCAAGUAUGGCGUCUCUGGCGGCAGCGGACGUACGGCCCUUGGAGAGUCUCACUCCUCUGCUCCUUCGUCUCGGCGCCGAAGUCAAGAGACUCAAGAAGAACCGCUGCCUGAAGAAGAGACUUCUCCCGGCGGGCAGUCUUCGCGUCUUGGCGAAGAUGAGGGAGAGGCUGAGUUUGACGAUGACCUUGAGAAAGAACUGGAAGCAAAAGGCCUCGGGAGAUCCAGCAAGUCACGUCGCUUCCGGAGACAGGAGAGCGAUUCUGAAGACUCGGAGCAUGCCCUUCAAGAUCUUCAGAUGUGGGAUGCCUACGAGGAGAUCAUGGAGGAUGUGCUACCGUCCGAAGUCUUAGGCUGGCUUCUUCUUCGUAGAGCAGGUCUGAGCACCGCUGCUCGGCUGGCUGUGCAGGCCUCGGCGGGCAAUAGCCUCCGCUUUGAAGACGUGGAGCACGCGAUGCGAGGCAUGGAGGAAGAGUUGACUCAAGACGAGCAGCGCCGACAGGCUCUUCAUCAGCGUCCCCGUCGGACCUUCUGGAUGGAGGAGAAUGGUGAAUGGGCGAUGGUGCUUGCCGACGAGGAUGAAAUUGGUGAAAUGUUGGAGCACACAGAGAUCUUCCAUGUAGGCGCGAAGCUUCCGUCGCAAGUCUAUGAGAGCUCCAGUGGCAUGGAUGAUGGGAGCUAUCAAGACUCCAGUGGCUUCUGGCAUCAAGUGACAGACGGGAGCUGGUCUUGGUGGAUGGAUGGCGGCGAUGGCGAGUUCUACCACCAUGAUGACCAUGGGAUCUAUUGGUCCUGGACUGCGUAUGAAUCCUCAUUCAUGGCAGAGCUGCCUGAUGAACAGCAGAAAGAAGUGGCAGAGGCAUUCGCAGCAGCCGAGGCCAAGCAAAGAUCCUUCGUGGAGGCGCGCCAGGCGAUGAAAGCCAAGACCUUGAGCCGUGGCUUUUAUCCUUUUGUUCCAUCGUCCAAGGGUAAGCCUAGGUUUAAGGGUAAAGGUAAGGGUUCUAAAGGAAAAGGAAAAGGGAAAGGCGUGUCUUCAUCCUCUUUUUCUUCUACCUCCUUGACCAAUGGCUCAGUAAUGCACACCACAGACAUCAUGGCAAUGGUCCCUGGAGAUCCAAGCUUCAGUGGCUGCUUCAUCUGCGGAGAUAAGGGUCAUGCAUUCCGUGACUGUCCCAAGAGGCUUCGCUCGAAGGGUUCCAAGGGCGGCGUCAAGGGUGGCUCUCGAUCCUUCCUCAUUGACGAUGCCCCGGUGUACAUGAUCAGCGAUGGCGCGGAGUAUCAGCACGAGAUCGAUCCCGACUACACGUUCGCCUCAGCAGUGCCCAACGGUGAGUUCGUUGGAUCGAGUCCUGAGAUGGAAGGGUUCGCAGUGCUCGACACCGGCGCUACGGAGACCGUCGGGAGCCUCCCUGCGCUUGAGUCUCUAUUGCAGAAGCGGUUUGAGAUUCAAGGGUCUGUUGAGGAGCUUGAAGUUCGCGCCAAUCCUGGAAGGAGAUUCCGAUUCGGAAACGGCUUGUGUGAGCACGCGACUAGCCAUGUUCUCUUGAAUCAGACUGUUGGGUCUCUGCAUCUGCGGUUAGGCAUCUUCACCCUCGAUGUGGAACGUGUCCCCAUCUUGAUCGGUAUCCGAACCCUAAACAAGAUGAAAGCCAUCAUCGACACCAACCGCAGUAUAGCCGUGUUCGCUGCUGUGGAUCCUGGUUUAGGAAUACCCCUUCAGAAGAGCCGGUCAGGACAUCUUCUCCUCAACCUGGCCCGUGACUGGCUUGAGCAAGGGAAGUGCAAGCGCCCGCUCAGCCUCAUGAAGCACAGUGUGAUGCGGUUCAUGUCAGCCUUCGUGCUCGAGAAAUUCGAACAUCAAUGCGCCCUGCGACAUUGCUUCCCCUGCUCACUCUUGCUGCGCUUCACUCUCAUGGCGGCAGCCUCCGAGAUCGAGAAGAUCAAGGAGCAAGUGUUGGCAGCCGAGAUGGCGUCUUCCUUGGACGAGUCAUCAACUACAGUCCGCAGUGCCAAGGAUCCUCGAGCAGUGGGGGCACCGUGCUUUUCCAACCACGAGGUUCAGCCACCGGGACGAGGGUCCAAAUCCGGGGCCAACUCCCACGCAAUGUGGCGCGUUUGCCGCACGUGCUCCCUGAGGUUGCUGUAUGUUCCUCGUACCGGAGCACAUGCCCUGCAUCGCUCGCCCGGCCCCUUGAGCUCGGACACCCAGAAGCAAAUCCACGAGAUCCAGGCCAAGGGCGAGAAGUUGGAAGAGAACAUCAACCUGAAGGAUCGCACGAUUGGACUGGAUGCAGCCGAGAGGUCGGCGGAACAACGCCUUGCCCAGGUGAGAGCUCUCAAGGCAAAGGAAGUGAAGCCGAAGGCUGCAACCAUGACGGAGGCUCCUGUAGCUACAGUGGCCAGAAGUCCCACCAGCGCAGCAUCAUCUCUGGCAGGCUACGAGGUCUUGCCGACAGCGUCCCCGCCACCGCCGGUGAUCAAUGUGGACGAGAUGAACGCCGCUCCGGGAGUAGAGGACUUUGAUGCGCUGGCGGUUGAGGAGGCCUACAAUCUCCAGCAGGCUGAGUCUGAGGCCUUGGCAGCAAGUCUCUUGGCCACUAAGAACUACUCUUUUGAGGCAUGUGAAAGUCUGCUGCGUGGUGCUGAUCUUUCAGCUCCAGGUCCAAGUCGGUCAAUCCUGCAAUCCAAACGUGCUGAGUCCUGGGUGGCAGUCCUUGGCUUGUUCACUCAUGGAGGAAUUGUGGGUCAGACCAAAAUCACCAUCAGAAGGCCUCGCCUCUGUGAGUACUUGAAUGCAUUCCUUAGUGCUCAUCUACCCGCAGGCCAAACAUGGACUUCCAUCAGCAUUGCGUUGAAUAUGAAGGCUGUUCCGCACACUGACAGCAACAACCAAGAUGAGUCUUGGAAUUGGCUUCUCGGACUUGGAUCCUAUACUGGAGGAGAUUUGUGGCUUGAAGCUCAUUCUGAAACCUUCAAUCCCGAGGAUCCCAGCGUCUUGAGUUGGAGAUCGAAGCCGGAUGGUUCGAAGGCACUUGGGCAUCGAGUUGAGACUCGCCAUCGGUGCGUCGGAUUCCGACCUCGACAACUUCAUGCAACGAGUGAGUGGACUGGUGACCGCCUGGCGAUUCUGGCAUAUACAUCUCGAGGCCAAGAUCGCAUCCCUGAUGGAGUCCGGCAUGACCUGAAGGCCUUAAAAUUUCCCUUACCGCCUGCUAAGAAGCGCCGCCAAAAGAUCGAAGAGGUGCUGGAAACUGAAGCGGGUGAUGAAGGGGGAGACAUGAUGCCCAUCCAGUAUGUCCUCCCUGAUGCCGAUAAGGCCUUCCUUGUGAAUGCGCUCGAGAACCAUGAAAAGGAUGUGCAGGCAGAUGUGCAGCCCUUUUGCCGACAGGUUCGUACAGAUCUACUGGAGGCGAUGGGGCCCAUGUCUAGUCCUCUGAGUCUGGUGGUUCAGUCCAAAGGUGGGCAAGUCUUUGAGGCUGGAACACACAACGGCUUCGAUAUGACAACGAAGGGCGGCAUGCGAAAGCUUUGCGAUACCAUCAAGGAGCUGAAACCUCGAUAUGUAUGGCUUCAUGUCCCAGCAGGCCAAGUGGAAAAAUCCUUGACAUCGAUGGCUGACAAUGAGCAGGCAUCUUACCAGAAGAAGAUCAAAUCCCAACAUCGUCACCGCAAGGUUGUGCGUCAUUGCUUGAUGGUCUCACAAACCGUGCGUGAACAAGGUGGCCACGUGAUCUGGGAUAUACUCCCUGAAAGUCCCUCGUGGAACUAUUGGGAGUCUAGAUCUUUCUGGCAUGAUCAACGAGAAAAGGAUGGGUGGACUGAGAUCAAGGUCCCACAGGGUCACAAGAUCAGAUGUACUGAUUCAGAUCUCCUGAAGAUGGUUGAUGUGGCAGUGGCAAAACAAGGCCGAGCCGAAGGUCCGACCACGGCCUCAUGUUUGACAUCGUGUGCGGCGUGCAUUAUGGCCCUUCAGCAUGAGGUGUCGGAAGCCUAUGUGGUGGAUGAAAGCGUGUUGAGAACCAUGACGACGCAAGAACUUCAGGCUGUGAUGGAUGUGGUGGCAAAGCUUCAUCGGAAAUUGGGGCAUCCUUCGUCCCAUUUGUUGGUGAAGAAUCUUCGGGCCCGUGGCGCGGAUGAUCGCUUGCUGGCGGCAGCGCAACAGUACAAAUGUAGCGAGUGCCAUGAAGGACAAAGUAAACUUCCUGCUCCGGCCGUGAACCUGAACAAGUCGGACACGUUGUGGCACACUCUCCAGCUUGAUGGCAUGGUGUUUAAGUUUGAAGACAAGGUCUACCACUACUUGGUCAUGAUGGACGAGGCAUCCGGUUAUGCGGUGAUCCACGAGAUGAAUGUGCACUCGAAGGAUUCGGCCGAGAACAUGGACACCGUGAGUGUGAUUGAUGUCCUUGAGAAGGCCUGGUGCCAGUACUUUGGAAUGCCAAAUACGAUCAAGCUGGAUCCUGAAGGAGCUUUCCGAGGAACCUCGUUGGCGCUGUGGUGUGCUGAGAGAGGAAUUGUCCUCGAGCAUGUGCCUGCCGAGCUCCAUGCCGCUAUCGGUGAUGUGGAAAGAGAGAUAGGGUACUUGCGAAGCAAAAUGGAAGCUUUCCUUCGACAAGAACCGACUGAUCCUACUCGGGCCGCGUAUGCGAUGGCAGCUGCGCACAACUCUCUGGCCCGAAAUCACGGGUUCAGCCCUCUACAAUGGGCUGUGGGUCGUGACCUGGCUCCUGGAGGACAUGCGGUCGAUGGACCUGGAGAUUGGGUUGCCAUGCAGAAUGCCACAGCUGAAGAGCCAAGUUCUAUGCGAGAUCAUUUUGAGCUUCGGAAAAGGGCUGAACAAGCCUUUCAGCAGCAAAGGGAGCGAGAUAUGCUCUCUCGAGCUGUGAAUGCACGGACGAGGCGAAGCAUUACCUUCGUGCCGGGGGACACGGUGUUCUACCGGCGGAUCAAGCCACCAGCUGAAGGAGGAGCCAACAUGCUCAUCGACCGCGCUCGUGUCAACGUCGGGCGAUGGUGUGGUCCAGGCCGAGUACUGGCUGCUGAGACUCGGGUUGAGGAUCAUGGAGCCACCCGGAAGGCAGGACAUUACAUCUGGAUCAUAUCCCAAGGUCGCCUGAAGAAGACGCACUCUUCCCAGCUGAGACAUGCAUCCGAAAAUGAACGGCUUAUUGCAAAUGCUUCGGGACAAAUGUCACUCCCAUGGACCUUGUCGUCGCUGACAUCUCUCCUUGGUUCUGGACAAUUCGAUGAUGAAACUUCCCUUCGCCCUGUUCGAAGAGACGAGAGACAUGGCAGAGGUUUAAGAUCGCGUACCCCAGCUCGCCAAGUGGAUGUGCCCCGAGAGCUUCCUCCCCGACCAUCGGACAGGCAGCGACGUGAAGAAGAACUGGAGGAGCCUGUAGAGCCAGAGACUCCUUAUCUUCCCCCGAGGUUGCCAGUCAAGCCACGCGAAGAAGGACAAGGUGAAGUUGGUUCUUCUGAGGAGGAACUGAUACCAGCUGGAGAACAUGAUCGGCCUCGCAAAAGGGAGAGAUCUCCUGUCCUAGGGGAUCUCUUGAAGGAAGACGUGGAUGUGCACCGGCUCCUGAACGAUCCGUCGUACUUGCCCAAGGGACAGACUGCAAGGUCUUCAACUUCUUCGAGGGCCCGGGGUUCGGCCUCAGCGUCAAUCAUGACAUCCCAGGAAUGUGAAGAUCAUGUCUUUGCCGUGGAGAUUGAUGCCCCGCGAGACGAGCAGGAAUGGAGGAAACUUGUGAAAUGUCCCUCAAAAUUUGUGGCAAAAGGUGUGCAAAAGGGGAUAGAGGUCAGCUGGCACAAACUCAACGUCCAACAGAAGCAGGCCAUGAACGAGGCAAAACAACUAGAAGUUCGGCAAUGGUUGGCGACUGCUGCGUGCAAAGCAGCUGAGGAGGUCAUCCCCAAGGAGCAGCUACUCAAAAUGCGUUGGGUGCUCACCUUUAAGGGUACUGCGGACCCUUCAAGGGUGAAAGCCAAGGCUAGAAUCGUCAUACUCGGUUAUAGCGACCCGUCUCUCCUCGAGUUACAGACCGCGUCGCCGACGAUGAGCAGGUUGAGCAGGCAACUGUUCUUGAACGCUUGUAGUGUGAACUCUUGGCGGGUUCUUAAAGGCGACGUGAAAUCCGCCUUCUUGCAGGCCGAAUCACCGCAAGCUGCUCGAGGCAUCCACGCGCUGCCAGUUCCCGAACUGGCGACCGCUUUGGGAGUCAGUGAAGAGCAGGCAGUUGUUCUCCUGAAAUCGUGCUAUGGGUUAUGUUCGGCUCCCAGAGAGUGGUAUGAUGAUGUUCAUCACACCAUUGAACGGCUGGGAGGCGAGAGGUUGACUACUGAUCCAUGCGUUUGGCGGAUCACCAAGCUCGUCAACGGCAAGAAGGUCGUAGUUGGCCUGGUGACGUGUCAUGUUGAUGAUUUCCUAAUGGGUGGAGAUGAGAAUGAUGAAGCCUACAUAGCCUUUUUGGAGGGUUUUCAUGCAAAAUACUCAUGGACUCCUUGGGAACAUGACUCCUUCAUGCAUUGCGGUGUCUCUGUAUCUCAACAUGCUGAUUGCUCCUUCACUCUGGACCAUAGCGAGUUCUGUCGGGAACUGAAGCAGAUAGAGGUUCGUGGCAACUUGGAUCGUAAGAUGACCGAGUCUGAGGUGAGUCAAGUCCGAGCGAUUUUGGGUUCAGUGCAGUGGCGUGUCUUUCAAACUGCCCCUCAACAUGCAUCUAAGCUUUCCAUGCUGCAAUCCAUGAUUGCACAACGUGAUGCCAGCAUGAUUCCGACAGUGAACAAAUUAUGCCGUGAAGUAUAUGCAGGACGAGAUGUUUCUACAAAUGUUCAAUCCUUAGGAGCGAAGUCCAUGCAAGAUGUAUGCUUCAUUGCAUGGUCCGACGCUGCGCUUGCGAAUCGUCCGGAUAUGACAAGCACAGGAGGAUGCAUCAUCGGGGCCAUGCACGUGGAUGCGGCAAAGCAAGGCUAUGGAAAAGUGAAUUCCAUCUCAUGGCGAAGCGGAAAACUAUCCCGCGUCGCUCGCAGCAGUCUCGCUGCAGAGACGCAAGCCCUUGCUGAUGCAGAGCAAGACCUGAUGUGGUGUCGUCUUGAAUGGGCGGAAAUGUCAGGCUACGAAGUCAAUUUGGCUAAGACAUCUGAGGCAGUGAAGUCGGUCCCUGGCUACUUGGUCAUUGACGCUAAGGCUCUCUAUGACUCCAUCCAAAAGGGCGAGAUCGGUGUCAACAUGCGUGACGAGUACACCUCCUUGGAGCUUCUCGCUUUGCUUCAACAUCUCAAGGCUCAGAAUACGGAAGUGCUCUGGUGUGACUCAGAUCAUCAGUUAGCUGACGGAUUGACAAAGGUUCAGAAGCAGGAUGUUUUGCGGAAGUUCCUUGUGACAGGAACGUGGAGGCUCCGGUACAGUGGAGCUCUGUUGUCCGCCAAACGGCGGAGAGCAGCAACAGGGAUGACAGCAUAUCCUGCAGCGGAGCUGCACAUUUCGAAGCCGGAGCGCUUCUUCGAGGAAAACGACCGCGACUGCAUCUUCGGCAUUUCCACAGCCCCCUUCGCUGCAGAUUCCACAUUGCUACCGAUAGCUUUUUCCCUUGCCAGCCAACCGGCGCUGUGCCGCCGUGGGCACGCGUCUGCAGUGUUCUCCGGCCGUUGUACUUCUGCUGAGUUUGUUCGUGACAACUACAUACCUGUCUUUGACAACAAGCCCUCGAGCUACCGUGAGUACAGACAGCGUUUGAUGUUGUACUUCAAGAAGAUGAAGCUGUUGAAGCGCACGUCUGAGGCUACAAUAAACCUGCUGACCUCGCUCACCGGUACAGCGUGGGCCAGGGUUGAGCAUCUUUCGGAGACGGCCCCCGACAAAGAAAAUGGUUUUGAUUUGGUAUUGGCAGAACUGGACAAAGCCUUCCGCUACGACAAUCGGGUUGAAAUGCCCCGUGCUAUAGACAAGUACUUCUAUGCUCUGCAGCGCCGCCCAGACCAGACGCUCUUGCAGUACACUGGAGAGGCUAGGGAUGCCGUUCGUGAGCUUGAGAAACACGGCAUUGCCUUGCCCAGCGAAGUGCAGGGCUAUAUCUUGCUUAAGAAAUCGGGCUUGUCGCCCGAGCAGAAACAGCUGAUCCUGAGCCAGGUCGGUGCCAAGCUGACCCCUGACAAGAUCGAGGAGUCGAUGUUUUUCCUUUUGGGCCAGGACCACAAAGCUGCAGCUCGACAGCCGCCUACCCGAACCUGGCACCGUGGUGGUUCAAAGUCUGCCUCAUCCGGCACAUGGCGCCGAUCUUAUGGAUCGGCCCAUCUGGCGGAUGAUGGGCAGACCUGGUCCGACUGGGACGGCGACGAUGACACCGCCUUCGUGGCCGAGGAUUUUGAGGUCUAUGAGGAGGACGCUCAGUGGCAGGACGACAGCUACCUGGACGCUCUUGAGCCUGAGGAGACCGAGUACGCUUACUAUGAGGACAUCGCCCAGGAUGACGACGAGGCCUAUGAAGAGGCCUAUGCUUCGUACAUAGACGCUCGCCGCCGUCUCGCGGAUGUCAAGGCCUCCCGAGGCUUCUUUCCCGUGGGAAACUCUGGCAAAGCCGCUGCCCGUGCAAAGGCCACCACUUGCCCUCGUUGCGGUCAGCCUGGCCAUUGGGCAUCGCAGUGCCCCAUGCCACCUAGCUCCAGCCCCUCCGUUGCUUCAAGUCCUUCAAAGCGUCCUCGGGACACUGUGCACGUUGCCGCCGACUUGCCCUGUGCCUUGGACUUGGCCCAUGCUGUUGAUGCUGCCUUGGUUGUCACUGAGGACGGCAACCUUGUUGCACAGCAAGACGGCGGAGCCUCCGCCAUGUUGGGUGGCCACCGUCCCGUUAUGCAAGCCAUAAGCCACCUGCUUUCAAAAGGCGUGUCGCCAGCCAACCUUGCCUUCUCCCGUGCAAACCGUUGCUUCAGGUUUGGUGGUGACAACACAGCCCUUGCUACCUGGUCCGUGCACUUGCCUGUGUUUGUGCGUGGAGUGCCCGGACGACUUCAAGUCUUCAUCGUUGAGGGCGACACGCCUCUGCUCGUUGGCCGGCCUAUCCUUAAGGCGUUGCAAGUCAGAACCGACUUUGAACUUGACCUUUGCAGUGUGUUGGGCGGUGAACCGACCGCCGCUUUGCUUGGCCCUGGUGGUGAGUUCAUGUUGCAGCUUGACGAAGGCCUUGACUCCGACUCAGUUCUUCAGCCGUUGGCCUUUGACCUUGUGACCGAGGAGUUGGCUACCCUGGCAUCCCCGUGUGACCCGCGCUUGCCGCUCCUCACUCUUGCCGACUACCUUGCUGAUGCGGGCCGUGAGGGCCCUGACGUGGACCUUGCCUUCCCCACCGCCUCGGCGCCCGAUGCCGACAGUGCCACUGCCUUGGACUCUCCUUCUGCCGAAACAAGUGUCGACCCUAGCGUUCAUGUGUCCGCUCGCCAGGCAGUCAAUGCCACCAAUAAGGCCUUGGAGGAAGCCCUGUGGUCCUCACCUGCCACACCGCCUGUGUUUUGGGAAGUUUAUUCUGGCACUGGCAACUUGUCUGCUGAGAUGACCCGGCGUGGUUUUGAUGUUCGCACGUUUGACCUUCCUGAGUGGGACUUUACAAAGCCUUCCGAGCGCCGCCGCUUCUUGAACUUGUUGCACCAUGAGCGCCCGCAUGUUGUGUGGUUGGCGCCUCCGUGUCCCUUGUUGUGGUCCCCGCUCCAGAACUUGACUUCCAGUGACAGCUACCAGCAAGAAAUCUUGGAGCUAGACCGCCAGCUCCACCAUGCAAGCCACCUCAAGCUGUCUCGUCGUGUGUUCGACUUCCAGCUGUCCACAGGUCAUGUCGCAGUGAUUGAGUAUCCUAAGACAAGUCUUGCUUGGAGGACGCCAGCCUUCCGUGGAAUUUCUGGUUGGGCUGCCACCCUUGACCUGUGUGCUGUUGGUGCUCGACUUCCCAACCAGCACGGCCGACUCACCCCAAUUAAGAAAGCAACCAGGCUCCAGGUUACUCAUCCCGAGUUGUGUGAAAUGCUGAGCAUCAGGUGCCCCGGCCAUUCAUUUCACUUGCCUUUGGUUGGCCAAUCCCCUCGCAUUGGCUCGCGCUCGGCCGCGGCUGCUGCCUACCAGCCAACAAUGUGUCGCAAGCUUGCCGAUGCUUUGCAGACUGCUGUUGAUGUUGCACUGGCGCGCCCUGUCUUUGAGAAAGCCUGGUUCUGCCUCGGCCUCCUCCGACAUCCCUGCCCUCCUGUGUCGCACACUCCCGAGCGUGCCGCUGAUGAGCCUGCUGUUGCCCCUGCCGCACCUUCCGAGCCAGAUGUGGUGAAUCCUCACCGCAACACUGGUGUGUUGGAGCAGUUGCUUACAGAGCGCCCUGCCGAGGCGCGGCGCAUUGUAGCCCGGUUGCACAAGAACUUGGGGCACCCCAGCCGGGACCAGAUGGUUGAACAACUUCGCGCCCGAGGUUCUUCCAAUGCCCUUCUGCAAGCCGCCCAUGACUAUGUUUGUCCUACCUGUGCUCAGCUGGCUCCUCCCAACCAGGUUCCCAAAAGUUCGCUUCGCUCUGCCACAAAGCUCAACCAGCGCCUCAUGGCUGACACCUUUUGGGUGACCUUGCCUAAGGGCCGCACGGUCCCUGUGCUUUCCAUGCUUGACGCAGCCACCAAGUAUGUGGUUGCACGUCCCCUCGUCAGUGAAACCUCUGAGCAGUUCCUUCGUGCCUUGGAACGUGGUUGGGUUAAGCGUGCCAUUGACGUAUUUAUGGCAGACACUGGAGGCACCACAAUUGACGACUUGCGUCGCUAUUCGCCCACACAGUGGGUGUUGGGAUACCAGCCCGACCUUCCUGGCAUGCUCCUAGGCAGCAACGUUAACCCUAGUCACUUGGAUGGUUCUCCCGACUUUCGUCGCAAGCUUGACCUUCAGUCUUCUGCAGCCAAAGCCAUCAUGUCCGCUGACAAUGAUGAGCGUUUGCGUCGAGCCUUGCUUCGCCAAAGCCGUGUGACUUCGUCGGUGUUCGCCGUUGGCCAGCGUGUUUACUACUACCGUGGGUACUGGUGUUGGCCCCCGCAUCCGUUGGCGUGGCCCUGCCACAGCCGCGGACGCCAGUCCGUUGUGUGGUUAGUGCACGGUGCCCAGCUUAUCCGAGCUGCCGCGGAGCACUUGCGUCGUGACUUCUCCGACUCAGAGCCUGUUGCCUCGCCCACGCAAGCCCUGGAAACCCUUCGUGGCCGCGGCACUACCUCCUUCAUAGACCUGCCGAGGACCAACCGGAGGGUCCCCAGGGAUGAGGCCCACGCCAUGCCUAGUGAUGAUGAGGUUGUUGAGCCGGACCCCAAGCGUCCCCGUCCUCAUGUUGCAGUGGCUCCUGACCCGUCGCAUGUGACACCACCUUCCGUGGACUUGCCUGCACCCGCUCCUUUACCUAACCCUCCGACUCCUACUGUGGACUUUCGUGAAGCGCCCUUGCCGGACGACGUUUCCGUGCCCGAGCCUGCCUUUGAGCCUGCGCCUGCUCAGCCUUCGCCUGACCUUCCACCGGCCCCCGAGCCUGUGCCUUUUGGCCCCUUUCGUGUGCCCGCGCAGGAGACAUUUGCAGAACGCCGUGCCCGCAUCGACCGUACAGAAACCUUGCCUUUCCACCGCCAGCCUGCCGCAGACCGCUCACGGUCGCCUCCUCCCAGUGCCGAGCCGGCCCUCACAGAGCAAGCCCACUUCUGUGACGUGCUACCCCAGUCCACUCCUUGCCUGCCACCUGGCUGGACUAUUGCCGGCGAUGGCCAAAUGCACCUUGACUCCGUGCAGGACCAGUGGGAAUUUGAUGGCCGUCACCUUGUGCGCCGUCACUUCGUGGCCCGGGAUCGUGCCUUUGAUCCUCUUUCCCCUGGGGAUUGCCCAGUCCCUGUGCACAUGCUUAGCAAGGUGAGGCACACCUAUCGCGGCCGGCGCCGCCACGAUGACAGGUGGCGAGUUCAUGCCCCGAAACGGGAUGGUGGCCACUGGUGGACUGGAAAGACAGUCUUCAAGGUUCAGCCCAGGUAUAGGCAGGAGGCGCAUGACGCCUUUUACCAGGCUUCCGAUGGACACAGUUCCUACGUUGGUGCUAAACGCAAGGCCGACUUGGAUGAGAAGACCUUGAGUCUCAGUGACCGCCUUCUGUUCCAGGAGGCCAAGAGCAAGGAGCUUGCCAGCUUCUUCCAAAACUCGGUUUGGGAUUUCGAUCAUGAGUCUUCCGCACCGUCCGGGCGCAUCCUCAAAGCCCAUUUCAUCCUGAAGUGGUCCAAGAACCCCGACGGUUCUCCUCGAGCUAAAGCCCGCUUGAUUGCCCAAGGUUUCAAGGACCCCGAUGCCCUUGGGGGUCUUGUUGACCGUACUGCUCCGACCUUGACUCGUUUGUCUCGGCACAUGCUGCUGUCACUUGCCGCCAACUUGGGUUGGGGUGCCGCCACGGGCGACAUCAGCACAGCCUUCCUGCAGGGCAAGGAACACUCCACCGCUCGUACCUUGUGGAUUCGUCUGCCGGCUGACGCUCGCAAGAUGCUUGGGAUUACCGAGCCUUCUGUUGUCAUGAAAUUGCGGAAGCCCAUGUAUGGGCUAGUGGAUGCCCCUCGUGCUUGGUAUUGUGAAGCAACCGAACGGUUGGAGCGCCUUGGCUUUGUUCGCCAUCCUUUGGAUCAGUGCCUUUUCUUGCUUUACGACUGGGAGACUUUGGACUCUCUUGGUCGUCCGCAACUUGUGUGUGCACUUGGGCUCUACGUGGAUGACCUUUUGGCCAUUGGCAACUCUGCCGACCCUCGCUACUGUUCCGCCCGGGACCGUCUGCAACAGACCUUUGUCUUCCGUGAGUGGCAUGAGCGCAAGCCUUCCGUUGAGUACCUCGGUGCUGAGAUCGAGCAGAGCCCCGAAGGCGUCUUGCGUUACCAUCAAGCCAAGUACCUUUCCAAACUGCAUCCCAUCACCAUACCGAACUCGAGGCUUUGCGACCCCACAUCGCCUGUUACCGAAAGGGAGCGUGCCCAGCUCCGUGCCUUGCUCGGUGGACUUCAGUGGGUUGCCACCCAGUCCUCGCCGCAUAUCCAACCUCACACUUCCAUGCUUGCCGGCCUUACCACCAAGGCAACAGUUUCGACCCUGCAAGCUGCUAACAAAGCCCUGAGGUUUGCUAAGCAUAAUGCGGAUGUUGGCUUAAGUUACCCUUACCUUGGCCCGGUGGAUGAGUUGGUUGUGGUGGCUUACUCUGACGCUUCUUUCGCGUGCAGAGAUGACCUGAGCAGCCAGGGUGGCUACCUCAUUACUUUGUGCCACAAGGACGCAUUGGAAAAGGGCAAUGCUUUCACCUACCACGUGCUCGACUGGCGUUCCUUCAAGCUACCCCGUGUUGCCCGCAGUACCCUCUCUGCGGAAGGCCAGGCCGCAGCCGAAGCAGCCGAUGCCCUCUACUUCACCUCCUUGUUUCUCAAAGCGUUCUUUGAUCCUAAGCUGGACUUGAACUCUCCUGAUGCCGCCCGUUUGCCCCACAGCUCUGCGCUUGUUGUGGACGCAAAGGCACUCUACGACCUGCUUCACCAAGAUGAGUUGCAAGCCCGUCUUGGGGCUGAGAAACGUACUGCCGUGGAAGUGCUUGUGACUAAGCAGCGCCUGGUUGAGGCCUCUGCUGUCCCCAGGUGGGUGUCUUCCGAACGGCAACUUGCCGAUGGGCUUACAAAGGAGAGCGCAACGCAAUUGUUCGCCGACCGUUUGCGCACCCACAAGAACCGCCUAACUGACGACCAAACGUACCAGGCCAAGAGACAAGCCUCUGCCACUGAGUUUGCCAUUUCACGGCCCCAAGCACUCGCCUCUGCCAUGUUUGCCUGCUGCCUCACCACUGCCCGGGCCGAGCCCAUCAGCCCUCGGCCUAUGAACUUUGUGGACGUUGCUCUUGUGACUUCCUGUCAGACCGCGUCCGGUCUCGUGACAGACGCCUGCCCAAACAGAGGCUACCUUCAGUGUCAGUGUGGCAAUCCGGACAGCUCCCGACAAAACCCCUCUUUCGGUGAAAACCUUUUCCUUUCAGCCUCGUCGUCAAGUGUGACCGCGCAGCCUGUUGCAUAUCGCCGGGAUUCCCUGCCAAGCAGCAACUCCCAGGUGUCGGAGGCUAGGCCGUUUCGCACUUCUCGACAUGCCUUGGUUUAA